AUGGAUUUUAAAUCUUAUGAAAGAAUUAUUCUUUUUAUUAAAACAAAUUUAUCGAAUAAAGAUGUAGCAUUAGUUGAAUUAUAUUCAGAAGAAACAGUUCAUUAUAUGGAUAUAAUAAGUCGAGAUGUUUAUCUUCCAUUAUUAUCUUCUGCAACACAUACAUUUCAAGUUGAAUCUGUUGUUCUUCCAUUACCAGCAUUUAAUAUUCUUGCACAUAUAUCACAACAAGAACCUGAAAGACAACAAUCAAUAUUAUCUAUACUUGGAAAUACUCUUACUAAUUGGAGCAAACAAAUAAAACAAUUACCUCAAGAAGAAUUAUAA